AUGCCACCCUCCGGCGCUGGUGGCGAUGUCGAGUCAACGUUAUCCUCAUUGACGCAUCCUCCCAUUUCGCAGCUGCCGUCGGUCCUGAGGUCGCACUGGAAGAUCAUGAUUCCUAUGCUGCAAGCCUUUACCAACACGAAUCGCGUCCAUACCGAGCAUGAAGAUUAUGCACUUUGGAACUCUGUCAUCACAUAUCUCGCCGACGCGUUCAUGAACAGGCCGGCAUCGGUCGUCCCUCAGCCCAAGCUAUGGGUUCUUCCGAAGGAUGUCCGUAUUCUUCUCAAGUCCAAGAAGCAGAAGGUGGCAUUGCAACUAACAGACGCAUCAUUGCCACCUGCGCUCGCGCGAUUGGAGUCUCCUGCAGGUGCGACUGCUGCAAAUGCUGAGGAAAAGGUUUCCAGUAACGCUACAAUGCAACCACAGCCUGAGUCCGCGUCUGCGCCCUCGACAUCAACACCUCGACAGCCUGGUGUACCGCCGCUGCCUUCAAGGAGCGCCCUCCCCUUCAAGGAUCUGGAAUCCCGCUUGAGGUCUUUCCAUACGUUGUUUGAACCUCCCGACCUUUCUGCGUUGACCGAUCUUCCUGUCGAGGAAUCUGACGCUGAGGAAGUGCGUGGCAGCCAUAUCGCUAUACCUCGGGACGAGAUCAUCGUUCAAGGCGACUUGUCGGAGCUGGAGGAUAGCUUCCUCGACAAGUCCACAUGCACUACCCGGACCGAGAAGACCAAGGGCAAGAAGCACGUCGUAUCUGAUUUCGGAGUCGUCACGCCACUGGAGAACUAUCCGAUCACUGCUGAGAAGAUCGCGGAGGAUUGUGCUGAUAUUCGCAAGAAGCUCGAUGAGGCGUCGCGCCUCCCUCCUGACGCGGAGGAAUUCAUUCCGCAAUAUCGGUGUGAAAUCGAUGACUACGACAGCGAUGAAGAGGAAUACGAAAGUGACUCCGACGAUGAUUAUGUGCCAGAGGAUACACGCGAUACACCACCUGCGCCUUCGCACGUCAAGCUUCGAUCUCAGACCACCACGGCACAGAAUGCCAACUCCACUACGAGCGGUGCCCCACCUCAGCCACACGUAUCCCAUGUCGCCGCUGCUGCACCUGCUCCCAUGCAGCCGGACUGGCUUGCUAGCGAUAUAGGGUCAGCCGGCUGGUGGCACUCAGACAAGCCUUAUGCGCACGUCUGCAACCACAAGCAAGCGUUCAAAAGGCUCAAAUUUCUCGUCGGCUUCGCUGUCGCCAUGCUCUGGGAGGGCAAACGGUCUGCCUCUCGCAAACUCGAAGAGGAAGCUUACAGGACGAAAACUUAUUCGCGGUUCUACAAGGCCAUGCGCUCUUUGAUGAUACAGGCCUUAUUCGUUCUCGUCACCGAGGCUUGGAACCAGAAGAAGGUCGUCUGUGUGGCCAUGGUCAGCGAUUUAUGGUCAUGGAACGUGUUCGAACGCAUCGAAGGGCGCGAGGUGAAGGACGACUGGCUGAGCUACACGCCCGAGACUGCUCCCAUCAGAAGCUGUUAUCCGUGGUCUCAGCCUUUCCAGUGGGGCUCACCGGAGUCCGAUGACGCGGUCAUUCUCAUGAUGAACGAAGUCAACUCAAUCUUUCCCGCUUUCCCGACAUCGUUGAUCGAGCCUGACUCUGGCGCUGAUGAUUCGGCGACUGCGACGAACCCUUCAGAGCCUCAAGCUCAGGCGCAGCCAAACCCAGGCGCGGCCCCCUUUGGUGCUGCUCAACCUGCGCAAGCCACGACGUCUUUCGGUGAAGCGACAGAUCAAGAACGAUCCGAAAUAUCCGUCGAUGAUGCCUCCCUCGAUCGCGCUAAGGAUCGGCCUACCACUAGCGGUCCUGCGCCCAAGAUGCAACUGUCUCCGCUCACAGGACCCCGUGCGCCAUCUGCUGCUGCUGAUGUCACCAUGUCGGACGCCGCCCUUUCUUCGAAUGCUGCCGCUGCCGCUGGACCCGAGGCGCCCACGCCUGCGCCUCCCCGUGCACUAUGGCGCGGACUUCGGCGCAAUGACACGGAGGAUACGGAACCUGAUGCUCCUCGACGCCCACUUCCGAUACAGUCGAACAACCCGAACGACAGCGGUAUCAGUCGUCCACUUCUGCACGGCCACCGCACGCUGGCUACACUGAACGCUCUCGAUGCCAUCAACAUCAACACCAACGAUUCCGUCGGCUCAUCCACCAACGCUCUAGCUGGCAAUGAUUUCGUCCAAGCAACUGCCGCUGCCGCUAAUUCUACCGCUGCUCAAGCCAGCGGCAGCGGCACAUUGCCGACCAACUCUGGCAACCCGCGCAAACGAUCCGCCUCUGCAGACUCGGACGGCGAGGAUGACGACCGGGCGCCAGCAGCGAAAAAAGUCAAGAGAACGCCUGUAUCUACCGAACCGUCUGCGGAAGCUGGCCCGGGGCCGUCUACGCAGGCCCGUAGAUCCCGGGCGCCUUCCAAGGGAAAGAAACGCAAGCUCAAUGGAGUGAUGGCGCAGGCCUACGCGCUGGCGCACCCCCGCGAUGCGAAUGGGCAAUUCAUUAAGAAGCAGUAG